AUGGAGUCGCAAUCUGGCAGUUAUGAUACUUCCCAACAGGAAAAGGGCCCCGAUAUCACAUUAGCCGUCGAUGAACAAACAUACUCGCAACGACCAUCAUGUUUCAGUUCGACUAUUCAAGAAUGUCUCUUCGUCUUGACAGCUACCAUGGCCAUUGGGCAACAAUCAUUUUACCAAGGCGCUAUUGUGGGUGUGACUGCAUCCAUUGGAUCAGAUCUGAACAUGAACUCAGCAGAAAUCACAUGGAUUAACGCCGGUGCUUCUCUAAGCAGCGGUGCCUUCCUCUUAUCAUUUGGAAAAUUAGCCGACAUGUUCGGCCGCAAAGUACUCUUCAUUAUCGGUAUGGCCGGCUUCACCUUCUCUCUUCUAAUCGCAGGCUUCGCCACAAACGCUAUCUACAUGGACGUCUUCUCCGGUAUUCUGGGUCUCUUCGCCGCAGCGGUAGUACCACCAGCCGUCGGCGCAUUAGGCGCAGUAUAUGAGAGGCCAUCAAAACGCAAGAACCGUGCAUUCGCCUGCUUUAGUGCUGGAAAUCCACUGGGCUUUGUGGGCGGUAUGAUUAUUUCAGGCAUUGCGUCUAAUGAAUAUAACUGGCGAGCAUCUUUCUGGGCUCUUUCGGUUAUUUAUGGAAUUUUUACCAUUUUGACUAUCUGGACUGUGCCACCUGAUGGGUUCGCGAGGACACCUAUUAGUAGAGAGGCCUUCAAAUCAUUUGAUCUUCUGGGUACGGGAUUGAUAAUUGUUGGAUUCGCUUUCUUUUCGAGUGCAUUAUCGCUAGCUGGCGAUGCCCCGGAUGGCUGGAAGACGGGCUAUGUUCUCGGUCUGUUUAUCGUUGGCUUCUUCAUCUUGGUAGGAUUUGUAUGGUGGCAGUCUGUCGCGACACACCCAUUGAUGCCAUUAUGGGUAUGGAAAGAUCGAAAUUUCUCAUUGCUCAUGGCAACCUUCUGCCUCGGCUUUGCAGGGUUCUCCGCUGUCACUUUUUACCUAUCCCUUUACCUCCAAGAUGUUAAGCAUCUCACCGCACUGGAUAUCACCGCACGCUUACUCCCGAUGGUGGUCAGUGGUGUGACAGUUAACGUAGUCUGCGGACUGAUUCUCCACCGCGUCAGCAACAAACUGUUAACCGGGAUCGGUGCUCUGGCAUAUACGGCCUCGUUCCUGAUCUUGAGCUUCAUGAAGGAAGACGCUGUCUACUGGGAAUACAUCUUCCCUGCACUGAUCCUUGUGGUUGUUGGUGCGGAUAUCCAGUUCAAUGUGACCAACAUGUACGUCAUGUCUUCGCUCCCGUCACACCAACAGUCAAUCGCCGGUGGAAUUUUCAACACAGUCAGCAAGCUGUGUAAUAACCUUGGUCUCGGAAUCGCUACUUCUAUCGAAAGCUCCAUAAAGGAUAGAAUGACUGCGUCAACGCCUGCUAUCAAACCCUACCUCGGUGUCUACUGGUUUGCAGCAGCAGCAGCAGGCCUUUCUGUCAUGAUGGUGCCGUUUUUGACGCUUGGCACUCAGGGUCAUGAUACCUCUGAUUCAGAGAAGACUGAGAUUGGGGAGAAUGGAGAGUCAGUUGAACAGAGAGCCGUCAUUGAAAAUGGGCCUGUGGCUCCGGGCACGGAAACGACUGUGGAGAGUCAGCCUAUUAUUGAAAAGCAAUAG